CUGCAGUUGAAUCAACAUGAAGUACAUCAUUAUUGUAGCUACCCUGGUGUCCGUGGGCUUAGCUGAUGUAAGCAGCUUCCAGCAGUUUCAACAUCAACCGAAUUAUCUACAACAAGUUCAGCCAAUCAAUUCAUUAUAUGCAAAACAACAACAACUACAGCCAACCUACCAACAACAAACAGUGCAUAAUACCGAACCUAUUCCCAUAGUUAAUCAGGAACAGGUCAUCAACCCCGAUGGAUCAUAUAAGUGGAGUUACGAGACAGGAAACGGAAUUUCAGCUGAAGAGCAGGGCUACAUAAAAAACCAGGGAAUACCUGAACAAGAGGCGCAGACGGCACAGGGCCAAUAUCAAUAUACUGCGCCUGACGGUCAAGUUAUACACGUCCAAUAUCUGGCGGAUGAAAAUGGGUUCCAGCCACAAGGUGCCCACUUGCCAACAGCACCGCCGGUCCCAGCCGAGAUACAAAAAGCUCUAGACUUCUUGGCCACGCUACCACCUCCGGCACAUGACACUAGAGAAUACAUCAGACAUCCUUGAUGAAAUACGGAUUGUACCUAAACAAUUUAAAAUAUGGCAUAUUUAAAAAUGACGAGAAAAAAAAAAGAUUUUACUUUUAUUAUAUUAUUAUAUUUCUUAUGACAUGUUUUUUUUUAAUGUUAGUUGAGUGAGUGUACAUUUUAAUAUUGAAUAUAAGUUUUUUUACUAUUAAA